AGGUACCCAGUAUUGCUUCUCCCCAAAACUCUAACCGCAUAAGAUUGCGAUUUUCUACUUCCUCUUCCUCAAGUAAAGAGAAGAAAAGCAAAACGCAGAAGCUCAAAAAAGUUGAAGCAACAAAGUAGCAAAUUUCCACCCCUACAUAUGAAGUUCAUUUCCGAAGAACGCAAGCACUUUCAUGAAGAUUGCUCAACUUUGAUUUUGCCUGCUGUUUCUAUUGGCAAUGUUGGGCAGUUAACAGCGGACCUUUUGGUUUCAUCAUUGGGUUCUGAGAAAGUUGGUUACUUAGACGAUCCUUACGUUCUUCCCUGUGUUGGCAAUGACGCUUAUGGACCUGUUCCUCAGGGGGAUCUUGCACUUCCUCUUGAAGCUUAUGAUUCUCCGGCUAAUGGUCUCACUAUUAUACAGCAGAGAUCUCCCGUAAUUAAGGGAAUGAUGCUUGAGUUUGCAAAAAACAUGGCUGAUUUUAUUGCCGGAAGCGGAAAGAAGCAUGUUAUUAUUCUCUCCAGCUUAGAUUUUGGAAAGUGGCAAAAGGUUGACAUGUCAAGUGGUUUGCAGAUUUAUUACCUAUCCAGUUCCAACAGCAAUGGAUCGGAUGAAAAUUGUGAACAGCUUGGAUGGAAGAAGCUUCAAGAGUAUGACCCUUCUCAAAAACAUUGGAAAUAUCUUAGUGAUUUAGCUGAAGGAAAUGCAACUCCGGAAGAUACUAUUUCUAUAGAAGAUGAACUAGAAGAAGAAGAUUAUUAUGCUAGCUUGCCUUUCGCUGCACUUUUUUCUUUUCUCAAGGCUAAAGGUUUGAAGGUCACAUGCUUGUUAUGUUAUUGCUCAGAAGGCGACAACACAUCUGAUGCUUUUCAAUUAGCUGAUGCAGCAUGCAAACUUCUAAAGCCAAGCCACCCUAAUUCUGGAAUUGAAGGUGUCAAAUGGCGAGUUCCACUUUCUUGGAUGUCUGUAUAUGGACCACCUCCAGAUGUUUCCAUCUUCUAAGAUUAGGUUAAUGUAAUUAGUAAAGUUAAACAACGGUUGAAAAUGGAUAUUUUUGUCAAGUUUUUUUACACAACAUAUCCGUUCGAUACAUUUUCACACUACAGGUGCUAGUUGUAGUUUCCUAUUGGUAGAACUUCAGUUUUGAAGGUUUUUUUUUUUUUUUUGCUUGAGAUGGAUUUGGAGGUGGUAGUGAAUCAUUCUUACUAAUGUGAUGUUUUAUGACUUGCGCCCAACUCAGUUAGGCAUCAUCCUUAUGGGUUUGUUAUUUUUGUAGUCAGAUAUGUGCAAACAACACAGUGGCCGGUUGUGCAUGAAUUAUUAUAUAA